AUGCUGGUGACAUUAAUAUUCCUUGUGGGGGUGUCUUCGAGCCUGGCGCUAGAUAAUGGGCUGGCCCUCACUCCUCCCAUGGGCUGGCUCACCUGGGAGCGGUUCCGCUGCAUCACAGACUGCAAGAAGUACCCUAAUGAAUGUAUCAGUGAGAACUUAAUCAAGAGGACGGCAGAUCUCAUGGUGAAUGAAGGCUACCUCGACGCUGGGUAUGAGUACCUGGGCAUCGAUGACUGCUGGCUGGAGAAGAAGCGAGGCCCUGAUGGACGCAUGGUGCCCGACAAAGAGAGGUUCCCUAAUGGAAUGAAGGCUGUUGCUGACUAUAUCCAUAGCAAGGGUUUGAAAUUCGGCAUGUACGAAGACUAUGGCAACCUGACUUGUGCUGGAUAUCCUGGUGUGCUUGGCAACGAGCGUCUGGACAUACAAACCUUCGUGGACUGGGAGAUAGACUACCUCAAACUCGAUGGAUGUUACAUCAACCCUACCGCCAUGGAUGCUGGGUAUCCUGCAUUCGGAAAAAUGUUGAAUGACACAGGUCGACAGAUUCUUUAUUCCUGCAGCUGGCCAGCUUACCAAGAAGAUGCAAAAAUGCUUCCCGACUACUCCUCAAUAGCUGAGCACUGUAACAUGUGGCGCAACUGGGACGACAUUGAGGACUCGUGGGCCUCGCUCACCAAGAUCAUGAAUUGGUUCGGAGAUAACCAGGACAGGCUGGCGCAGCACGCGGGCCCUGGACACUGGAAUGACCCUGAUAUGUUGCUGAUUGGAAACUUCGGUCUAACCGAAGACCAGGCUCGCGUGCAGAUGGCAGUGUGGUCGAUAUUGGCUGCCCCUCUCCUCAUGAGCGUAGACCUGGCUACCAUCAAGCCAGAGUUCAAAGCGAUCCUGCUGAAUAAGGACAUCAUUGCUGUGAACCAGGACCCACUUGGCAAGCAAGGGUUGAGGGUGUGGAAGAAGACUGAUCGUGGAGUGAGAUCUCGCCUGGAGAUUUGGAACCGCAAAUUGUACGAUGAUACAUACGCACUGGCCUUCGUGAGCCAACGAGAUGACGGCAUCCCCUACGCUGCCAGCUUCACUUACGAUGAAAUGCAACUGCCCAAGGGAGAAUAUGAAGUUCAAGAUUUGUACAAAGAUGAAGGAGUUCGACAGUGGAACAGUGAAGACAAAUUUGAAGUUCGAGUUAAUCCAUCAGGUGUGAAAUUCUACAAGUUUAUACCUCGUGCGCCGAGUGAUGUGAUCAAGUCUGACAGCGGUUUCGUAUCAGAUGCAAUCGUUAACGUAUUGAUGAACAACAGUUAG